UGGGAGCCCCGGGUGCUGCAGAGCCUGUGGUGUUCCCCAGGCACAGCACCAGCCUCUGCCUCUUGCCGCUGCUCCCAGCACCAUGAGGACAGCGCUGCUGCUCGCCUGCCUGCUGGCCAUGGCCUCCGCCUUCUCGGUGAAGAGCUGGCUGCGGCGAGUGGGCGCGGACGACUCGGAGGAAAACGCGGUGUUCAAGAACCGGCGCCGGUACUACCUGUACCGCUACGCCUACCUGCCGCAGCAACGCUACCAGGGCAGCGACUCCUCGGAGGAAGAGGGGGACGGCUCGGAGGAAGAGGAGGAGGGGGAAGGUGGGGUACCAUCCCACCCAGGAACCCAGGUGGCAGGCGAGGGGGUGGCCCCUGGGGACGGCGGGCUGGGGGGGGACGCCACACACCCCCAGAAGGGCUGUAAGGGGGCCCCGAAGGGCAAGGGUGGGGAUGAAGACAGCGAUGAGGAGGAAGAGGAGGAGGAGGAGGAGGAAGAGGUAGAGGAGCAGGAGAACAGCGUCAAUGGGACGAGCACCAACACCACAGCAGGGACAGAGGGGCCCCAUGGCAACGGCACAGCAGCAGCCAAGGAGGAGGAAGAGGAGGAAGAGGAGGAGGAGGAAGAGGAAGAGGAAGAGGAGGAACCUGAAGCAACCACUGUUGCUGCCACCACUGUGCUGGACGAGGCGACCACGGCGAGUGACGGGGAGCACACCGAGGCCACCACGGCCGGGGAGCAGUGGGAGUAUGUGGUGACGGCCGGGGGCCGCGGGGACGAAGGCCCCACUGAGGGCAGCUACGGGGACCACGAGGGUUACGCACGUGGGGACAGCUACCGGGCAUACGAGGACGAGUACGGCUACUACAAGGGGCAUGGCUACGACGUCUACGGCCAGGAUUACUACUAUAGCCAGUGAGCGCAGGAGCGCUUGGGAUCGCGCAGCAGCCGCCUCCCAUUUUCUGUGUAUCUCACCAACCCAAAUGCAAUAAAGCAACUGAACGGA